UACCAAUUUACAUACCUAAAUAUUGAGAAAUCAGUACCUGCCUGAUUGUACCCAAUUUCUAAGUUUACCUAAUGCAAUUGUUGCGUAAAAAUGACAAAUAUUUAUAAUUUAUUUCCUGGUCGAAGAAAAUUGUCAUAAACACAACCUCAAUUUCCGUUACCUACGCAACCCACUUCACAUCUACCUUCAAAUUUAUGGUCAUAUGUAAAAUGACCCGUAAAAUAUUGUUUUUCUUCCUUGUGGGCUCCAUUUUAGGAAGUAUACCACCCCAUUUCAAUGUCAAGUUCCUCCUAGAGUUCAAAAACGUUCCUAAGAAAGACGGCGGAACUGGAAAAGCCUCAGAAUCUGAUCCAUUUGCCAAAAUCCAGAAUGAGUAUGAUCACAAAGCCUACCAGUCCAAGGUCGUGAUGGAUACAAAAACCGGAAUAAUCCCGGGACUCUACGAAUUUGAUUGGACUUACGGACAUCCCAUCGUAUUCAGCGUCGAAAUAUAUGAUUUUGAUCCGGGAAUCCUUUACACUUCGGAUGAGUACAUUGGACGAACUCAUAUCUACCAACCACAACUAUGGUACGAGAACGACACCGGUGUCGAGCAGCAAGUCCUCUACACGCAUGAAAAGGGUGGGAAAAUCACAAAUUUGCAAAGAGAUGGCGAAGACUCCACUUUAUCGCUGCACUAUUUAAUCGAUAACGACGUCGACGCUACCACUCAUCCCAAGUUGAAGGCGUGGAAAGAGAAGAAACCUGAAUUCGAAGUUGUUAGGAUUGAUAAGUGAUUUUAUACAAAAAAUAAAACAUUUUAGAUAUUUU